UUUAAAUAUAUGUUUAAUUAUUUUUGAGUUAGUUUUUGAUCAAUAAUAUUUUGUCAUUUUUUCCCCUAAAAUGAUAAGUUUUUGGAUCUCUAUUGUCUAGUAUUGUGUAACAUCAAUAAAUUUUUAGCCCCUUACAAUCCUGUAGAUCACCAAUCUAAUCCCAUAUAAAAUUUUCAUUAAUCAUCAAAAUAAAUCUGAAAAAUACUCACGUUGAAGACCAUUGAGAGCUCCUCUACAAUUGACCCAUCACUCUAAGCCAUGAUACUCCAUCCGGAUACUAAAUCCGUGGGUCGCAUAUACGAUCGUUCUCCCAAGUUGGAGGUGAGUAUCCACCAAACAUGUUACUACUGUUACACCUUACUCCAAGGGCAAUUAGGGGUGUAAAUGAAUUGAGCUGACUCACGAAUUUUUCGAGCCGACUCGAAAAAUAUUUGAUUUGUAUUCAAAUUUAUCGAAUUUGAGCCGAACUUGAACAUGUUCGAACUUUUUUCGAGCCGAACGUGAGUCCCAAUUAUAUUGUUCGAUAGUUCGCAAACCACUCGCGAGCCUUAAUAUUUUAUUAAUAUAAGUUAAAUAUAUGUUAAAUAAAUAACUUUCAAACUUUUCGAGUACCUAUUUUCGAGCAAUAAUUUGAAUAGUGUACAAAUAUGUUCGAAUUUUUCAAGCUGAACUUGAACCCGAGCCCUAAUUCGAACUGAACUCUAACUAAAAAUUUUGAAUUCUUCGAGCUUCUAAUCGAGCUCGAACUUAGAUAUACCUAUUUCAAGCCGAAUUUAAGACUUAUAUUUUUCUACAUAUUCGGCUCGAUUUAAUUUGUUUACACACCUAAGUGUAAUGCAGCGUAUUUCAAGAAUUGAGAAUAAAGUGACAUUUCGAGUAAAUUAAAGUAGGGUUGGUUAAAAAUGAACUUGAUCUGCCAAUCCGAUCCGAGUCAACUUGAAAAAAAAUCAGAUUCAAGCUGUGAGUUUUCAGAUUUCGAUUGAGUUUGGGUUAGAGAUUGUUGGAUUGAUUUAGGUUCGGCUUGACCUUUGUAAUUUGAUUUGACUUUAGGAUUUAGGGUUUUUUAAAAUUAAAUUUUAUUUUAAAAAUUAGAAUGUUUAUAAAUAAUAAAUGUCAGUAUAAUGAUAAAAUAUUAACAUAAAAGUAAAUAAUUAUAGAUAAAUAAUAAAAAAAUUAAGUCAGGCAAGUUAUUCGGAUUGAUUUGAUUAUCCGAAUUUGAGAUUCAGAAUUUUAAACGAAAAAUUGAUAUCAUGGUGCGUUAGGCCCCUGCGAUCGCAAUGGCCCCAGGCGGGGGAAAUUAUAAAGGUCCGCCAUCGCCCAACUCCGUUCGAACGUUCCACAGCCGCGCGCACCACCACCGCCUUUGAGCAUGGGCUCCCGGCGAAGGUUCCUAUCGCGGCUUUCUUUUCUUUCCGGUGAGAAAAAUCGACGAUCUCCGUUCGCUUUUCCUGUCUCCGUACGCCGCACCAAGCUGCUCCUCUCCAUUUUAAUCUUUGUCGGCUCCCUACGCCACCUUCUCGGUCUCAGGGAAGCCCUAGCCGUUAUCGCUCCCCUAGUCUACUGCCUUGGCUUCUCCACCUUCUUCCUCGCCAAAUUCAUAGCUUUCCUCCGUGAGAAAGAGCGCGACGACGAACGCUCGCCCCUCCAAGCCGAUUGCAAGAGGGAGGUCCUGAUCCAUCGGGAGACACUACGGCGAAUCACCGGAAGGGGCUUGGUGGAUUUGCCGCACCAUGGGUUCGAUUACUCUUCCAGUUCGGAAUGGUUAUGUGAGCCCACAGUGGGGUACGUCCAGCUUCCGGUGGGCGUACCUGGGCCUCUGCUGCUCGACGGGAUCCAGUACUAUGUACCGAUGGCGACCACCGAGGGCUGCCUGGUGGCCAGCGUGUCCAGGGGAUGCAAGGCCAUCGCAUUGAGUGGAGGCGCCACGAGCGUCCUCCUCUGCGACGGGAUGACGCUGAUGCCGGUGGUUAGGCUGCCGUCCGUGGGCAGGGCGGCCGAGCUCAAGACCUUCUUGGAGAACCCGAACAAUUUGGAGACCCUCGCAGAGUUGUUCAACAGUGCUUCCAGAUUUGCCAAGCUACAGGAAAUCAAAUGUGCUAUGGCUGGGAGGAGCCUGUACAUGAGAUUCAGAUGCGGCACAGGAGAUGCCAUGGGCAUGGACAUUGUUUCUGAGGGCGUUCAAAUUGUGUUAGAUUACCUGCUAAACAAUUUCAACGACAUGGAAGUCAUAAGCACCUCAAGUAAAUUCUUGUCUGAAAAUAAACCAGCUGCCAUGAAUUGGAAGGAAGGCUGCGGCAAAUCAGUUGUUUGUGAAGCAAUCAUCAAGGAAGAAGUGGUAAAGGAGGUUUUCAAGACCAACAUACCGGCACUUGUAGAACUCAACAAGAUCAAGAGCCUAGCUGGCUCUGCGGUUGCUGGUUCUCUUGGAGGGUUCAAUGCUCAUGCCGGUAAUAUUACAUCUGCUAUCUUCAUCGCCACUGGCCAAGAUCUGGCUGCCAAUGUGGAGAGUUCUCAGUGUAUCACCAUGAUGGAAGCUGUGAAUGAUGGAAAGGAACUUCAUGUUUCUGUGACCUUGCCAUCGAUUGCGGUUGGCACAGUUGGUGGAGAUACUGAGCUAGCUUCACAGUCUGCCUGUUUGGACCUGCUCGGCGUGGUGGGUGAAAGCUUGGAAUCUCCUGGUGCUAACUCUGGGCAACUGGCCACCAUCAUCGCCGGCGCAGUCCUUGCUGGUGAGCUCUCCCUCCUCUCAGCUCUCGCAGCUGGGCACCUAGUCAAUAGCCAUAUGAAGCACAACAGAUCCCUACGAAGAGGAACCAAAAAUGGACAAUUGUAGAAGAGAAUAGAGUGCACUGUCGUUUACUUCUCUAGAUAGAAAAAUAAAUAAAUAAAUACAUGUAUAAGAGCUCAGCAUUGAUUGAGCUCUAUGAUGGGCUAAUAACCUGAGUUUUGUUAGCUCAUGAAACAGAGAAUUGU